AGAUUCUGCUUCUAAAAAGGUGCUCAGAGGAAGUGCUGCAAGAGGGACUGCUGGAGGGACAAAAGAGGAGACUACUUCUAAGAAGCCAAAGCACCAUACACAAGUGCUGAGUCAAUUUCAGACCCCAGAGCCAACUGAAAACUACAUCACUGAAGGAGAGUUUGAAGAUGAUCAGAGUUCUUCUGCCCCAAGCACAGUAGAGUUGGAGAUACGUGGGUCAAGCCAGGAAACAGAUGAAGAUUAUUUUGAGACCCAGUCGCAUCAGAGUGAAUCUUUGUCAGACAUAAAGACUGAGCCUUAUGAAAGUGUGUCAGACACUGAGUCUGUUGCCAGUGACAUAAGUGGAGAAACUUGCUUAAGUUCAAACUGCCUUUCCGCUGAAAAAAAAGAACCAUGCCAUACUUUUCCUGAUACCAAUGCAGAAGUACCCCCUCAUCAACUUCAUUGCAUGAGCCAACUGGAGUUGAGUCAAAAGGUGCAAUUGGAGCUGUCUUCUGAUUUAAAAGUAGCACCAAGUAGAAGUGAAUUUUGGAUACAGACUACAAAAUCAAGAAGAGAAGAGGCAGGAGAGAAAGAACUAAUAUUAACUAGUGAUCCCUCCAAUACUGGGUCUGGCACUAGUGGAGGGGACACUAUAUCUAAGACAGAGACUAAAUUGGUAGUGGAUGGAUUGCAAAGUGGAGCAAAGUCUGAAACCAAUAAAGUGCAAUCCUGUGUCAGCUCAGAACCAGCUGAAGAUGCUAUUGCAAGGAGUAAAAAAAGUCCAGCAGGAUUAAGCAUUGCUUGUCUGAAAGCAAACUCUGAAAGCUGUUUGACUUUUCCCGAGACUCAGCAAUUUCCUUUGCAGCCAGAUGUAGGAUCAAGCCAUAGUUUGCCUAAUAUUAAUUUUGAAACAAAUAGAACUGACAGUAAAAGAAACUCUGAGGCAUUUGAAUUUCAUUAUGAACUAGAUUCUAGCUCCAACAUAAAAUGCAGUCGGAGGAACUCAGUUAACAAUGAGGAAACUACAGCUACAAAGACAAGAAACAGAACUCCAGGGGCCACCCGUAAAACAGAUUCACUCUUAUACCAGCCCUGCCUAAAAUCCAAAUUUCAGCUUCCACACAUGAGGCCAGAGAUCAAAGAGAGUAAAACAUGGCACAGUGCACCUGAAAACAUAAAUGCCGGGGGCCAGAGAGACUACUUAGGUAACUGCAUUCAGCUUAGAGAUAAAUUAAGAUUGUCAUGUUCCAGGAUACAUCUUGAAGGGUUGGGUUUUGAGUACACCUGGAAAAACAUAGAAAGGGUUGGUGGGGGCUCUGAAAAAGCAAUAAAAGUGGAGGGGAAAUUUGGCAUAAAAGGAUCACUUCUUAAUACCUGCCUAGACUCAAAUAACAGCCAGCUAUCUUAUCCAGCAGGCUCCCAGCAAGGUGCUGAAGCUAAUUUGCACACUGAAUCAGAGACAUGUGGCCUUAACACAGAAGCAGACAUGUGUGCUGAUGGCUUAUCUUCAGCACAGCUCCAACUGAGAGAUACCUCUGAGUGGGAUUCAAUAGAAAGGGAAACUCCCUCUGCCUUGGCUUCAGAGCCAAUGAGCAUAAAUGCUGAAGGAGAUGUAAGAAAAGCUAAAUGCAAAUCUGAGAGGGGUUUCAAAGCGCACGGGUUCUCUCACAGCAUUAACUCUGAAUCUGGCAUCAGCGAGGACCAAGCAACUUGUCUUGUAGGUGUUCCUACCGUUGCAGAAAAGAAAGGUGAUAACUAUUUAGCAAACUUUGGCCCAGCUGGUAAAACACAGCUGAACAACUUGGAGGAGAGCAGCCCUGAAUCACCAAGUACUGAGGCUUGUGUGGGAGAAAGAGGUUCAGAGGAUUCUUCUGAACUGAAUUUGGGUUGGAAAUCCCUGGAGACUGCACUGAACUCUGGUGGCCAGAACAUUGAAGGAGAGCAGGAUGUUUCGAUGCUGCAAAACCUGAAUUGCAAAAACAAUGCCUUACAGGGUCACUCUGAGCUUGUAACAAUGAAUGGACAUCUCGCUGAUGCAGGAAAAAAGGAUGAGAGUGAUGGUGUUGAUGCCUGUUCUGUUGAAAUAGCUACCAAACCACGUUACAUGCACCAGGGGAAAAAGUUGAUGAAGCUCUCAGAGUUAAAACCUGCUCUGAUUAUAAUAUCUGUGGAGGAGAAGGGCUUGCAGUCCAAGAUGCUGAACGAUGACUGUCCUGCUGAAAUAAUAACUGGAACAUUAGGAGAACUAGCCAAUGAGGAUUUGGGGUCUCAUCCCGUUGCUAGCAAAGAACCCGAUGAAUCACAGAGAGAUCUGAAUGCAUAUUCCAGCUGUGAAGAGCAAACUCUGCCUGUACAGCCCAUCUCUGGCAAUGAAGAGGUGACUGCUGCUGGGAGCACAGGGCAAGAAGAAUCAGAAAUUGUGCAGCAGCAAGUGGAGAGAACAGAUCCAGAUUUGUCUUUAAAACUCAGCUGCAGUGGCUUCCCAGUAACCACUAUAAAAAAUGAAUCCAGUGGAGUUAAUUUACACUUGGAAGAUGCUAUCGUUCCCUCGAAAGAAAAGGCAGAUGCAUGCACUGGAGCACAUUUGAAAUCACCUGGCAUAAUUAGUGGGGGAAUCUCUCAGGUGGAGCCCUGCAGAACUAAUGCUGGGGUGCAGUCAGAAACAGAGCUGCUAAAAAAAUCACUCUUUGAAACAAGAGACAGCAAAGUGACCGAGGAAAAUGAGUUCAAUACAAGUCAAAGCCUAGAGCAAGAUAUAUGUGGAACUAGCGCAACAGCACUGGAAAAGAACAGGAUUAGUGGCCUGUGUCAGAGAGAUGGUGCUGAUGGUGACACCUUUGGGAGCAUCGUCUCUUGCGUACACAGGCUAGAAAAGAAAGAAACUGAAAGCUGUAAUAUUUCAAAGGACCAAAUAGGCGUUGGUGAAGAUUCUCCCAGGAGAGAACUAAAGCUGGGCUGUACUGUGGAGGAGCUGGUGAGCCUUAGCAAAGACAAUGAACAGAAUCCAAAUGUGACCGAUGCCUUUAACUGUAUAGUGAAAACGGAGAGCCAAGAGGCCUCUGCCCUUGGUCUAGAUAAUGUAAGCACUAGCAGUGCUAACAGUGAGGAGAUGGAUGAGAAUUCGUUCAAUUUCUUGGGGAGUAACAGCAGUCUCUAUAAAGCUGUGCAGAAGCAGACCAAGACUGGGAAACCUUCCAAGUUUUUAGUGUUCUCAAAAAUGGCAUCCUUCAAGAAAACCAAGACAGCGGCUGCUGAAAACCAAGGUAGCAGCAACUUCUUUGGCAGCAAGACAAAGACAGAAGAACUUGAUGCUGGGAAAGAGGAUGAAGACACAGAAAGUUUGCAGUCUUUUAAAAGCAGUUCACCCAGUUCUGCCUUCCGAAGAAAGGAAAGCUACACCUCUGAAUAUUCUGAUGAUGAUGACUUAUUUUAUGAAAGACCUGCUGGAUUGUUCAGCAGAAUCAGCCUGAGGAAGGCUUCUGGCUCUGGUCGGAUACUGAUGGACAACAUAGACACAAAUUCUACUUCCCCCUCGUUGAAUGUCAAACACUCUGAAGCACGAAUCUUAGAAUCAGUUGAAAAUAAUGACAGUGAAGUGCCACAGUAUUCUGGGGUGAGGAAAUCCCUGAGUGAGAAUGAGUAUAAAAGAAACAAAAACCCAGAGGGUAAAAAAUUCAGGACAAGACUGGCCUUGGCGCAUAAAUCCUUCUCAAGUUUCUUUGAAUCCAAAUCUCUGGAGAAGGAAAAUCCUGAACAGAGCCCCAAAGGAUCACUGAAACAUGAAAAGGAGAAAGCCAAGCUUCGCCAAAGCUCCUGGAAAGCAUUUCUGAAAAGCAGGGAGGCUGAUGGACUGAAAAAGCCCACCUUAGCAAGUUUAUCACCAUCACAGGAGAGUCUUAAAACAACCAGGGGCCACCUGCAAGGCCCCGGUAAUGUUACAAGAAGAACAUCCACAGAGAAGCAGGAGAGCUCUAAUGGUCAAGCAUUUUUGAGCUCAUAUGAGUCUAAUGCCACCCUCAUGGAUGCCAACCAUUCUGACACCUCUGUGGAAUCCAUUGAGGUCUCUACACCUAUAGAUAUGAGAAGAAAAAGAGUACUAUCCUAUGAUCUGACUAUCAAAUGUCCAGAAUACCCAGACUAUGCUGAGCAGCAGGAAACAAUGGUCAACAGUUUAGAUACUUCUGAGGAAUACUGGCUGAGAUCUCCCUUUAGCCCCAGUGACCUGCAAUCACCGUUUACUCAGCUAAGCCCCUCUUGCCCCCAGCUGUCGACAUAUGAAGGUAAAGACAUGCCCUGUCGGCCCAUGAGCCCUAAACCACAAAGUCCAAGACCCAGCUCUCAACGCAAGAGUUUCCGUUAUCCUGGGAGAAUAAGUGCCACUUCCAUGAUUUCUCUUGGGAACAGCUCUGCUAUCGACAGCAAUUUAGAGGCACCCGAGAGGCCAAAGACACUCAAGCCCAGAGGUACUCUCUUGCUUUCUGUGCACUCAUUGGACAAUGAAUACCUGAGAGAAGACAGUGGGAUAAGCAGCCAGUCACAGAUCAGCUUAAACACUGCUUCUUCAGUUAGCGAUAUACUCAGAGAUGAGGAUCCCCAACAGCAAAGUCAAACGCCACCUGAAAAAAGGCCCAAUGAGAAAUGGGUUCUGCAUCGCAAAAAGAGGUCCCCUCAGAUCACGCUGUCCCUGCGGCCAUCCUCCAGCAUUGAGGGCAAAGUCUGGAUGCUCCCCUUCCUUGCCCCAGAUGGAAAAGCCAAGAAGACGUCACAGAGGAAGAGACUCAAACCCCUGUACAAGCGCUUCAGCUGUGACGACAUGUGGCUGGAGAGGUAUCGGAAAAGGAAUCUAGAGAAGGAGACACAGUCGGAGAGAGAGAUUCAAUUGAGGAACCUCCCAGAGGACCAGUUAAAAGCUAGAAUGAGUCUGUCCAUUACUUCUCCAAUUGCCUUUGAGAUUCUUCCCCUGAAGUUGCAUCCAUUUUCCCAGAGCACCCCAACAGGCUUAGACUGCGUGGGCUGGAAACGGCGUAUCUCAUUUCCUGUGAUCACUGAUGGGGCGCUGGAUAAGGCAGCUCUUGCAGAUGACGUGGGAAGCGAGGAGGAUCUGUAUGAGGACUUUCGGAGUUCCAGUCACCGCUAUGGCCACCCUGGAGGAGGAGGAGAACAACUUGCCAUCAAUGAGCUCAUCAGCGAUGGAAGCGUGGUGUACGCAGAAGCCCUCUGGGAUCACGUCACCAUGGAUGACCAAGAGCUAGGAUUCAAGGCCGGCGAUGUCAUCGAAGUGAUGGACGCUACCAACAAGGAGUGGUGGUGGGGGAGGAUCCUGGACAGCGAAGGCUGGUUUCCAGCCAGCUUUGUACGGCUCCGAGUGAACCAAGAUGAACCCAUGGAAGACUAUCCUAUGAAGGCUGAGGACGGCAAAGAGGAGGAUGCCAGCACCGCCGCCCGGCGUUAUGGAGUGGGGCAGACAAGCAAGGACCAAAUGAGGACCAAUGUUAUCAACGAGAUCAUAAGCACAGAGAGAGACUACAUCAAACACCUGAAGGACAUCUGUGAGGGUUACAUUAAGCAGUGCCGCAAGAGGGCUGACAUGUUUACAGAAGAACAGCUGAAGACAAUCUUUGGGAACAUCGAAGACAUUUACAAAUGCCAGAAAAAAUUUGUAAAAGCACUGGAGAAGAAAUUCAACAAAGACCAUCCACACUUGAGUGAGGUCGGCUCCUGCUUCCUGGAAUACCAAACAGAGUUCCAGAUUUACUCUGAGUACUGCAACAACCACCCCAAUGCCUGCGUGGAGCUGUCCCGACUCACCAAAGUCAACAAGUAUGUCUACUUCUUUGAAGCGUGCCGCCUGCUUCAGAAGAUGAUUGACAUCUCUCUGGAUGGGUUUCUGCUGACCCCAGUUCAGAAAAUCUGCAAGUAUCCACUGCAGCUGGCUGAACUGCUCAAAUAUACCAACCCCCAGCACAGGGAUUUUAAAGAUGUUGAAGCUGCCUUAAAUGCCAUGAAGAACGUUGCUCGACUGAUCAAUGAGAGAAAGAGGAGGCUGGAGAACAUAGACAAAAUUGCCCAGUGGCAGAGUUCCAUAGAGGACUGGGAGGGUGAAGACGUCCUAGUCAGAAGCUCAGAACUCAUCUAUUCUGGGGAAUUAACCAAAAUCUCUCAGCCUCAAGCGAAGAGCCAGCAGAGAAUGUUCUUCCUCUUUGAUCACCAGCUGGUCUGCUGUAAGAAGGAUCUCCUGCGCCGGGACAUCCUCUAUUAUAAGAGUCGGAUCAACAUGGAUGACAUGGAAAUAGUGGACAUGGAGGAUGGAAAGGAUAAGGACUUCAAUAUCAGUGUUAAAAAUGCAUUCAAGCUGCUCUGCAGGGACCCUGAGGAAGUCCACUUAUUCUGUGCAAAAAAGCCUGAACAGAAACAGCGCUGGCUCAAGGCAUUCGAGAAUGAAAGGAAACAGGUUCAGCUUGACCAGGAGACUGGUUUUUCAAUCACAGAGGUGCAGAAGAAGCAGGCGAUGCUGAAUGCCAACAAACAGCACCACACCGGAAAGCCUAAGGCUGUCACCAGGCCCUACUAUGACUUUCUGAUGCGUCAGAAGCACCCUACCCUUCCUACCAACCUCCCCCAGCAGCAAGUCUUCAUGCUGGCAGAGCCCGCGCAAGCCCUCGAACUUCUGGCAGAACAUCAGCAGGCUGACACCCUUUCGGAAGUGAGGGGCAGCUCCCUAUUGUGCCUGAAUCCCUUCUGAGAAAGCACUUUAGCCAUCAGUUCCAGCUGACGGACCCCCGGCUCCUCCACCCCUCUGUUUGCAAAGGAUGGCGCAUGCUCCUUCCUUCCCUAUUUAUUCUGCAGACUGACUGUACUUGAAUGGGUCCGAAAUGGGACACUGUGUUGCGUGUUUUUGUGCCAGUCAAAGUGAGCCAGCCCUGCACAACACUCGGGAGCCAUACAAACCCCCAGGAAGAGCUCACGACAGGAUGGAGCCUGAACUGUUUUUCAUCUUACCCUUGUUGUCAGCUGCAUCUUGAACCAAUCCUCCCAGCUGUGAACAUUAUUGCUGUCUGACAACUGCCAGAGAGACUCUAGCCUUCAGCCAACUUGGCUGCCCAUGCAGAGAUGGCAGUUUGUCCAUUCCAACACCUGCCUGCUUGGUGUCUACUGAGCAUGCUCAGAACCAUGGUUCAUUGUUGCUGAUGUUAUGCACUUUUGGGGGGACUAAACCCUUCCUUUCACUGCCCCAAUCCCCAAGUUCAUCUUCAAAGAAAUUAUCUUACUACACGUUUAACAGACUGAUUAGCCUUUAUUGGCUCUCAGAGAAGGCAACAAUGAUAUCGCUGUGCCCUUUUUCUUUUCCUUAGGUCAACACACCGCUGAACCAUAGUCCGUUAAAUGGUGCCAAUCAAACCCACAGCAUGAGUGAAGUACAUGCAUCUUGCAACCUAGUUGAUUUUCUUUGAGUUAUGUAAAAAAAAAAUGAGUUAGGAAAAAAAUGUGCCUAAAAUAAAUACUGUUGUCAGCUCCUUAGACUCUUCCCCCUGUCACUCUGCCAUAUUUCCUGGCCAAUGAAAAUGUUAAACAUUUGUAAUGUGUUUAUUUAUGGCAAAUACAGAACUGUGUAUUUUGUAAGUUUGUAAUCAGUCCUGUCAGAUGUUGUUAACUUGAUGCCUGUUUGUCUGUCUUUCUUUUUUUUGUUAACAAAAAACAAAGGCCAACAUCUGCAAACUUAAUUCCCUUAAGUUAAGGUCCUAACUCCACAGUUGAGCACCUUCAUACAAAACGGAUGGAUUUUUCCAAACCAGAGAACAUGUACAGCCCCCGCAUAUUGAGGCAUAUUCCAGGUUGCCGGCACCUUUGAAAAAAGAAAUCAGGCUAUUUAUAAGGUGCCUAAAUGUGGAAUUAAGAGCUUAGCGGUUUGUAAAUUGUGGCCAAAAAGAAUUCAUUUAAUCCUUGGUUAGUAAAAGGAAAGAUUUGCCUUACAAUAGUGAAAGAGUUAGAAGCCAUAAGGACUGAAUUCCAUAGCUUAGGAGAAGUUGCGGGUGGUUGUAAGGAAAACACCCAUUCGUUCCAGCGUGUUGCUAUUGUGAGUAAGCACUAACUGUCUGCAAAGCUCAGAGUUCCAAUGUUUGCUGAUACUGUAGCUGACUGAAGUCUGGUUAUCCAGGGAUAUCUGAAUUCAGUAGCAUGUACAAAGUCAUUCUUGCACUAUAUCUUUCCCCUAGCCAGGGGCUACAUUUAAUUUCAUAAAGAAACUUGUAAAAGUGA